AGACGAGGAAUGUAAAUGGAACGUUGAGAAUGUAUGGGAGAUGGUCGAAGUAACAUUGUCGGUGGAAGGAGGGGGAGUGUACAUUGUAGGACAGACAAUAAAAUGUGCCCUCCUGGUUCACAACUCGUCCGAUGUUGCUGACAGACUGGCUUGGGCUACCGGCCAAAUAUCUGGUCAUGUCACAGUAGACGAGCGUCACGUGCAGAUCGCCAGGGAGCAGCAAGAAGUUACUAACUCCAACUCUGCUCUUAAUAAACACGUUGCAAACGAUUGUUUCUUUUCCUCUGACCCUGAGAUAUUGUUUUGUGAUCUUCAACUGCUACCACAUUCCUCCAAGGAGUUGAAGUUCAGCGGAAUUGUACCAACUCACUCUCCACCUUCAUAUCGGGGCUCCUACAUCAAAUACAGCUACAUCGUGUUGGUUGGACUUCAACGAGUUAACAAGCCAGUGACCCUCAUCAACCUUCCUAUCAGAAUUAUUAACCUUCCUGGUAUUAGUCUUGUUGACGGACCCAAGAAGCCUCUUUCACACCCCUUCGCACCCAGAGAAGAGUGCAUCAACUAUGAGGACUACUUCAUGGACAAAGUCCAGUCGUUGUGCUGUAAACGACCGAGAAGUUUUGAAGUGAAAACGAGUGAAGGGUUGGUGUCAAUAGUUCGUCUUACUAAAGGAGCUUACCGACUAGGAGAUCCGAUAGAAGUUAACUUAGAGUUCGGAGAGUUGCAAUGUGUUCAGGUAACAUUAAAAUUGCAAGCUCUGGAGACGAUAUCCCCAGAAAGUGAGAUAAACGAAGGGACUGACACCAGAUGUACCACUCAUGAUACUAAAACUAUUCAGUGUAUUCACACCAAAUCCACCGCCGUUACCCUUCAUAUCCCCCUCAACGUUGUCAACUCAUUCUCCACUAAUAUUGUUCUCGUCAGGUGGCAGGUCCACUUUGAUUUUGUGAUCGCACAUCUCCGCAAAUCAGGGGAGAUAGUCGACGCGGGCCUGACCUCUGUCUCAGCCAAAGGUCUGGACUGCGACUGGAGACCUCUGGAGACACUGAACGUCUCCACACUCUCCUGGGAACUCCCUGUGAGAGUGGUGCCCACCUUGCCCCAAUACAUUGCCACCAUAGCCUGGCAGAGAACUCAGACUAAGGACGUUGUUUGACGUGAAACCAAUCGUAAUGAACUCAGAUCUAGGGUUUCAUGUUGCUUGAUUAAUGAUUAUAGGAGAAGUUUAGUAUUGCUGGAUAAAGCUACUCGAAAGAUCUGGAAAAGAUGUGAAUGUUCGGAUUCCUGUGACACGCUGUAUAGUGUUUAACACCUGCGGACUGUGAAUAGAUUCAGAUCUAAAUUAGUAAAGUAUGGAUCCUUUUAGCUUUGGAAAAAAUGUAGCGUGGGUUAGAGAUAUUCAUAAUGUUAUAAUGUUUGUAAUUGGCAUUGUCGUUUUAACGUUAUGUUUAUGAAUCCAGCUGAAUGCUGAUGUGACAGUGUUAUUUUCUGAUUCUAACGUUGUAUUUCGCAGAA